CAAAUAACCAAAGGAGGUGAUGAUCUAUCUAAUCUUUUGAAGCCCUAGGAGGAGAAAGUGAGGGAAGAAAUAUAUACAUUGAUGGAUGAAAUUGGAAUGUAUAUUGUAAUCGAAGGUGGAAAUCACAAUCCCUAGCAAAAACCAGACCUUUCUUCACCGCGAUUGCGAAAUCAUCAUCCUUCCACUAAAUUCACCAGCUCACAAAACCAAAUGCAGGUGCUGCCGCUUUUCCGCCGGAGCUCGUCGCACCACUGAUCUCAACGCCGCCGGAGUUCCUCGUCGACCGCCACAAACAAAUUGAAUUGCUGAUUUACAUGCACACAGCUUCUGUUGUUGAAUAAUGGCUGUUGAGACUUCUGAUAAACCAAACUUGCCUAAAAAUGUUGAUGUUGAUGACGAUGAUGAUGAUAUGCCGAUAACUUUUAAGAGAAACCCUAAGAAGAGUCCGUUGUAUUCUGAAGUAAAGAAAACAAGUUCUCAAAGUCAUGAGGGACAGUCAAAAAAACAGAUUACUGAUGGGCCUUCUGAUAAACCAAACUUGCCCAAAAAUGUUGACGUUGAUGACGAUGAUGAUGAUAUGCCAGUAUCUUUUAAGAGAAACCCUAAGAAGAGUCCGUUGUAUUCUGAAGUAAAGAAAACAAGUUCUCAAAGUCAUGAGGGACAGUCAAACAAACAGAUUACUGAUGGGCCUUCUUCAAAUGGUCAAAAUUCUAAGCCAUCACCCAUGAAGCCUUCUGCAGGGAUCUCGAAAACACCAAAUUCGGCAGCUGUCAAGACAUCCUCUAAUAAGUCACCAGUAGCAAAUUCAAAAUCAAAGCCUCUUUUGGGACAGAAAACAAGCAUUGAUGUUAAGAAAGAUACAAAAGUUAUUGAAAACACACCUAAAGUUAAAUGCGAAGAUUCAGAGGAUGACGAUGAUGAUAAACCAUUAAGUUCUAAGUGGAACAUCAAAUCUAAUCAUGAUAACAAAGUAGUAGCCCCUGUUAUGAAGACAUCUGCUAAAGACUCGGAUGAAGAUGAUGAUGUCCCUCUGUCAGCAAAGUUAUUACGGAAUUGUAAUUCGGAAACAUCUACCAGGAACAAUGAUGACUCUGAUAAGAAACCUAAUUCAAAAGUUCAGAAAGAUCGGCAAAAUGGUUCCAGCACAAGUAAUAAACAGACGAAGCCAUCUACACUACCUGCUAAGAGAGAGCUAGAAAAUUCUGAUUCCAAGAACUCUUCAGUUAAGAAGUCAAAGGUCUCAGAUUCAGCUGCUUCAAUCAAAACUAAGCAAGUCACUGUCAAACCAUCUGAGAUUAAGACUCAGGAGGAAGAUGAUGACGAUCUUCCCAUUUCCCAUAGAAUUAAGAAGUCAGCUGAUAAACCAUCUUCCACAAAGAAAAUAGUGACAAAGGUUACUAAAGUUAAUAAGUCUGGUUCAACAUCUUUUAAGAAGCAGACCAAGAGCAAAAAGACCAAUAGCAAACAGACCAAGAACAAGUCAAAAAAGUCCGGCAGUGGCUCAGAAUAUUCCAAAUCUACAAAACUUCUUCCCUCUGGUGAUGGGCAGAAAAAAUGGACUACAUUGGUUCACAAUGGUGUCAUUUUCCCUCCUCCUUACCAGCCCCAUGGAAUAAAAAUGCUUUAUAAGGGGAAGCCUGUUGAUUUGACUCCUGAGCAAGAGGAGGUUGCUACAAUGUAUGCGGUCAUGCGAGAUACAGAUUACAUGCAGAAAGAUAAGUUCAAGGAAAAUUUCUGGAAUGACUGGCGAAAGUUGCUAGGAAGAAAUCAUGUAAUUCAGAACUUGAAAGAUUGUGACUUCACACCAAUCUAUGACUGGUACCAAAGUGAAAAGGAAAAGAAGAAACAAAUGACUACAGAAGAGAAGAAAGCUCUGAAGGAAGAAAAAUUGAAGCAAGAGGAGAAAUACAUGUGGGCUAUUGUUGAUGGUGUUAAAGAAAAGGUUGGAAAUUUCAGAGUUGAACCUCCAGGAUUGUUCCGUGGCCGUGGAGAGCAUCCCAAGAUGGGAAAAUUGAAAAAACGCAUUCAUCCAAGGGACAUCAUAAUUAAUAUUGGAGAGGAUGCACCAGUUCCUGAAUGUCCUAUUCCUGGUGAACGCUGGAAGGAGAUAAGACAUGACAAUACAGUUACAUGGUUAUGCUAUUGGAGUGACCCAAUUAAUCCAAAGCUAUUCAAGUAUGUGUUUUUGGCAGCUAGUAGUUCCUUGAAGGGUCAAAGUGACAAGGAAAAGUAUGAGAAGGCUAGGUUGUUGAAGGAUUAUAUAGAGAACAUUAGGGCAGCAUACACGAAAGAUUUUACAAGUAAGGAUAUUACAAAGCAGCAGAUAGCUGUUGCUACUUAUCUUAUUGAUAAACUGGCUUUGAGAGCUGGUAAUGAGAAGGAUGAUGAUGAAGCUGAUACUGUUGGCUGCUGCACAUUGAAAGUAGAGAAUGUGACAAGAGAAGCCCCCAACAAAUUGCAGUUUAACUUCCUUGGUAAAGAUUCAAUCAAGUAUGAAAAUACGGUUGAGGUUGAGCUUCCUGUUUAUAAUGCAAUUUUGAAAUUCCAAAAAGAUAAAGGCCCUAGUGAUGAUCUCUUUGAUAAGUUGGAUACAAAUAAAUUAAAUACUCAUCUGAAGGAACUCAUGCCUGGCUUAACAGCAAAAGUCUUCCGUACAUACAAUGCAUCUUUCACAUUAGAUGAUAAGUUGGCUAAGGACACUAAAGAUGGCGAUGUUGCAGAAAAGAUGGUUGUUUAUAAUCAUGCAAAUAAAGAGGUUGCAAUCAUCUGUAAUCAUCAACGGAGUGUUUCAAAAUCUCACAGUGCACAAAUGACAAAAUUAAAUGAGAAAAUCGACGAACUUCAGGCUGUUCUGAAGGAGCUGAAAGUAGAUUUGGACAGGGCAAGGAAAGGAAAACCCCCUACAAAGAGUUCAGAUGGAAAAAGCAAACGAAACUUAGCUCCCGAAGCGUUAGAGAAAAAGAUAUCUCAAACCAAUGCAAAAGUUGAGAAAAUGCGACGUGAUAUGAUGACAAAAGAAGAUCUUAAAACUAUAGCAUUAGGCACAUCCAAGUUAAACUACCUUGACCCCAGGAUUACAGUUGCCUGGUGCAAGCGGCAUGAGGUUCCCAUUGAAAAGAUUUUCAACAAAUCUCUGAUAGCUAAAUUUGCUUGGGCAAUGGAUGUGGACCCUGACUUCAGAUUCUGAGAUCUGUAGAAUGGCGGCAUGCUGACAUCGAUGAUGGGUUGAAAACGUGUUUUUGCCAAUUGUUUUCUAUAAAAAAUGUUUCCUGUGUUGUCGAGUCUAGCAGAAAUCAAUGUUGUAAGUGCAUCUAAUCUAAUUAAGGGGAAAGUUUCCCCUUCUCCUUUGACCUGUUUACUGCUUAAACAGUUAACAAUUCAUAUUUACGACUUUAAUGUCAUACCCAUUGCCAAAUGUGGAAAAUGAAAGAGGUCAAGUUUUGUAGUGUCA